UAAAAGUGUGUUUGUGAACGACAUUUUAAGAGACCACAGUGUUUCAUUGAACUUUCUUACGUUUUAUAUCAUACGCGACGUAUUUAUAUAUAUUUUCUCAAUCCAUAAUCGUAGUUUAUUUUCAUAGUAAUUGUAAAGUUUCAAGUGUGGUAAUUUUUUCUUAUAGAAAACUACAAUUCUCAAUAAUGUCGAGGUUUCUGCUGCUCUUCUGCUUUACAUCGCUUCACGUUUUGGGUAACGGACAAGAACACGCAUCUUCUACAAUUAGCGAUCACCUUAAUACUACCAUAACACCAGGGAACAAUGGUAGCUUGGUACAGGAUUCUGAAACAAAUUUACCAUUAAACAAGAUAACAGAGUCUGUAGACGGAGAGACAAUCAAGUUAAAAUCAGAAGAAAAUACAACUACGAUCCACAGUUCCCAAAAUUCUUCGUUGUAUACUACAGUCGCGUCGCCACAUAUUACGACCGUUUCAACUUCUGCAACUGAAUCAACUGCUAAGCAAAUUCCAUAUACUGCAGUCAGUCCAACUAAAGCAUCAGUGAACUCAGCGAGCACUACAGCGGCGGCGUUUCCAAACCCUGGCAAAUGGAUGGUCAAUGAAACCGAUAAAAUUUGCAUUAUAGUUCAGAUGGCUGUGCAAUUCAAUGUUUCGUACAUAGAUGCCUCUAACAAGACGUCCUUCGAAGUAUUUGAUUUGCCAAUAGAUAAUACAACAACCACAAAUGGAAGUUGUGGCAAGUUGGAGCAAGAAAUUAAACUGAUGUGGUCAUCUCAAAAUGGAACUAAUAAUGGCACCAUGACGCUACACUUUAUAAGAAAAGAAAAUGAUACUGAUUAUUCUUUGCAUCACUUGAAUGUUACACUUCCACGAACAGAUUUUCCAAAAUUAGCUAAUAAAUCAAAUUCGGUGGAACUGAUGUACGAGCCCUCUGACUUUAAAGCUCGAUUAUCUAAUUCCUACAAAUGCAUGAAACAGCAGAGGCUGUACUUGAUACAAAAUAAUAAUAAUAUUACCAAUAUUACCAAUAUUACCAAUAUUACUACUAGCUACUUAACUAUAUCAGAUUUACGAUUUCAAGCAUUCAGAACAGAUAAUUCCACUGUUUUAGGAUUAGCUGAAAAUUGCGUUGUGGACACAGAGGACAUCGUACCAAUUGCAGUGGGAUGUAUAUUGGCAGGAUUAGUGUUUAUAGUUUUAAUUGCAUACUUGAUUGGUCGUCGACGAAAUCGAGCUCUUGGCUAUUAUAGCAUGUAAUUUCAUGAUUUUUUAAUUUCUGCUUCUUGAAUAAUUAAGUCAAUAAUCUGUGUUUAUAUACUGCAUGUUAAUGCCAGAAAAAUUAUUGCUCUUAUUUAAAUCCCAGAAAUUGCUAUUCGAGUGAAAGGCACGCUGAAUUUUUAAUUAUGCGUGUAGCGUCAAUUAUUCUUUCAUUAACCGAUUGGGCGAACAGGGAAUUUUGUAAUAAUUCUACUUUUAAUUCUUAGGUACUCUUUUUCAAUAUUCAAAAGCAAUAUUGGUUAAUAUGUUUUGAUAAUUUCAUUUUGUGAUUGAUAUUAAAGAAUAAGUUCUCAUUGUAUAAUGUAAUAAUUGCUCGCAAAACGUGAUAAAAAGUAUUUUUAGAAAAUAAAAAUUUUAAUUGGAAAGUUUAAGAAGUAAGUGGAUUAUAAUGAAAACAGUAAAUAUGUAUAAUUUGUGAUCAACACAUAAUCAUUCAUAGUAUUCUGAAGUUAUAAAAUUCGUUAUUCAUUUUUU